GGAGAAGCGAUGUUUUCACUUGUAGUGCAACUGUGGCUCCGAGCGGGUCGCACUUGAGUACUUCUCCUGCUUUUGCUCUAUUUAAUUGUCCUGUCCAGGCUGACUGACUGGUGGUGUGAACAAAUCGGUGUUUGAUUUUGUGUUAGAAGUGUAGAGGAAAAAAAGGAAACACAUACGAGAUAAGAUGGCCAAACCCCAAUCGGACGAGCUUAAGCGCAAGCAGAUCAGUGUCCGCGGUAUUUCGGUGCUCGAGGAUGUUAACGAGAUCAAGAAAGGAUUCAACCGUCAUCUUCACUACACUCUGGUGAAAGAUCGUAACGUUGCGACAACACGCGAUUACUACUUCGCCUUGGCCCACACCGUCAAGGAUCAUCUCGUGUCACGCUGGAUUCGUACGCAGCAGCAUUACUAUGAGAAGGACCCCAAGCGUGUGUACUACCUCUCGCUGGAGUACUACAUGGGUCGCUCCCUGCAAAACACCAUGAUCAAUCUGGGCAUCCAGACGUCAUGCGAUGAGGCCAUGUACCAGAUCGGUCUGGACAUCGAGGAGCUGGAGGAACUCGAGGAGGACGCUGGUCUGGGCAACGGAGGUCUCGGUCGUUUGGCGGCUUGCUUCCUCGAUUCGAUGGCCACCCUCAGCAUGCCGGCUUACGGUUAUGGUAUCCGCUACGAGUACGGUAUCUUCGCGCAAAAGAUUCGCAACGGGGAGCAGGUUGAGGAGCCCGACGAUUGGCUUCGUUACGGAAACCCAUGGGAGAAGGCCCGUCCAGAGUACAUGAUCCCGAUUAACUUCUACGGUCGGGUGAUCGAUACCCCCGAGGGCAAGAAGUGGGUCGAUACUCAAACUGUAUUCGCUAUGCCUUACGACAAUCCAAUUCCCGGAUAUGGAAAUAACGUUGUCAACACGCUGCGCUUGUGGUCUGCCAAGUCACCGGUUGAUUUCAAUCUGAAAUUCUUCAACGAUGGUGACUACAUCCAGGCCGUGCUGGAUCGUAACUUGGCUGAGAACAUUUCGCGCGUUCUGUACCCCAACGAUAAUUUCUUCGAGGGCAAGGAGCUGCGUUUGAAGCAGGAGUACUUCAUGUGCGCCGCCACUUUGCAGGAUAUCGUCCGGCGUUACAAGGCAUCCAAGUUUGGUUCGCGCGAUGCCGUUCGUACCACCUUCGAUGACUUCCCGAACAAGGUUGCCAUCCAGCUGAACGACACCCAUCCGUCGUUGGCCAUCCCCGAGCUGAUGAGAAUUCUUGUCGAUGAUGAGAAACUGUCCUGGGAGAAGGCCUGGGAUGUUGUCGUGCGUACCUGUGCCUACACAAACCAUACCGUCCUUCCGGAGGCUCUCGAGCGCUGGCCGGUUUCACUGCUGCAGUCGAUCUUGCCGCGUCACUUGGAAAUUAUCUAUCACAUUAACUUUUUGCAUUUACAAGCGGUUGAGAAGCGUUUCCCUGGCGAUUAUGACCGCAUGCGUGCUCUCUCAAUGGUGGAGGAAGACGGAGAGAAGCGCAUCAACAUGGCGAAUCUGUCCAUCGUUGGUUCGCAUGCUGUGAACGGUGUUGCGGCCAUUCACUCCGAGAUCAUUAAGAAAGAUAUCUUUAAGCAUUUCUACGAGCUGACUCCGGAAAAGUUCCAGAACAAGACCAACGGUAUCACCCCACGCCGUUGGUUGCUUCUGUGUAACCCCGGUCUCUCGGAUCUGAUUGCUGAGAAGAUCGGAGACGAGUGGCCAGCCCAUCUGGAACAGCUGGCUAAACUGAAGACACUCGCCAGGGAUUCAACAUUCCAGCGAUCGGUGGCUAAGGUCAAGCAGGAGAACAAACUGAAGCUUGCGCAGUUGUUGGAGAAGGAUUACGGAGUAAAGGUUAACCCAGCUUCGAUAUUCGACAUUCAAGUCAAGCGUAUCCACGAGUACAAACGUCAGCUUCUGAAUUGCUUGCACAUUAUUACUCUGUACAACCGUAUCAAGCGUGACCCAACGGCCAACUUCACUCCACGUACCAUUAUGAUCGGUGGCAAGGCUGCGCCUGGCUACUACAUUGCUAAGCAAAUCAUCAAGCUGAUCUGUGCUGUUGGCAAUGUCGUUAACAACGAUCCGAUUGUUGGAGACAAAUUGAAGGUGAUCUUCUUGGAGAACUAUCGUGUAACGCUGGCUGAGAAGAUUAUGCCAGCUGCUGAUUUAUCCGAGCAGAUUUCCACCGCUGGUACGGAGGCUUCUGGUACUGGCAACAUGAAGUUCAUGCUUAACGGUGCCUUAACUAUUGGUACUUUGGAUGGCGCAAACGUGGAAAUGGCCGAAGAGAUGGGCAAUGAUAAUAUCUUCAUCUUCGGCAUGACUGUCGACGAGGUUGAAGAUCUGAAACGACGUGGAUACAAUGCUACGGAUUACUACAACUCAAAUCCCGAUAUCAAGCAGUGCGUCGAUCAGAUCCAGAGUGGGUUCUUCAGCCCCGGAAAUCCACACGAGUUCCAGGAUAUUGCCAAUGUGCUGAUGAAGUACGAUCGUUACUAUCUGUUCGCCGAUUAUGAAUCGUACAUUAAGACUCAGGAUCGGGUUUCUGCUGUGUAUCAGGAUCAAUCCAAGUGGCUCGAGAUGGCGAUCCACAACAUCGCUUCCAGCGGCAAAUUCUCCAGUGAUCGCACAAUUGCUGAGUAUGCUCGCGAAAUCUGGGGUGUGGAGCCAACGUGGGAGAAGCUGCCGAACCCGGCGGAAUCCAAGUAAAGUGUGAACAUGGCGUGGGGAGGGGAACGCGGAUAGCAACCACACACUGCCACCGUGCAACCCGGCCGAGCCGAGCAUUGGCGGGAGGAAGAGGGAUGUUAUAAUGCUUAUAUGUUAUUGUGGGAAUACCGAAGAUCGCUAGCAGCAGCGUCCUCGAAAGCGUUCGUUUCAUUGCUGAUAAGUAAAUAAAAUAUAGGUAAUUCAAAUUUUAAAUGCGAAAAAAAAUGUUGUUAAGAAUACAUCUGCUGGUGUAACAAUCCAUGGAGAGUUUGGAAACAAUCAUCCACUGUAUGACAUUACAUAACACAAUUACCAUUAACAUUCGGGUGCCAUUAUCUGGAUAUUAUACUUUUCCUACAACUAUUGUUAUAUGUCAUGAGUAAAUAAAGAAAUCAAAAAUACUACAAAAUAUGAUAUUCGAUACCUCACAAGUAAAGGUUUAUAUUGUACAGAAACCUUAGGUUGAAAACAACUACUGCUUCUUGAAACAAAAAAGAGAAUGAACUAGCUAACACGAAAUGAGUUGCAAAAUUGUAGCAUCGUACUGUUAUUAUAAUUUUUUCAUCACUUUUAUCAAAUAAAUAUAUAUAUAUAAAACCGUU